UGUGGAAUAUUCACAGGCUCAGCUAGUUUAGCUAAGCUAACUAUAGAGAUAUUGGGAGGGAAAUGUGUGGAUAUAUUUCUCCUGUUUGUCUCUGAUGAACAGAUUUUUCUGAGGGUGAAAUUAGUGAAAUUGUGGAAUUUCUGUAGUAACUGUGAGACCCGGGCAGCAGCAGCAGUAUGUUAUCUACCCUGGUGUCCCUGAGUAUCAGAGCAGUAGCUCAGAAUAUGGACCUGCUGGAGCAGAAAAUCCCUGAUUUGCCAGCUUCACUUCUCAAAGAUUUGUUGCCUCACCUGAACAUGUUCUACCUGGACAGAAUUGAAAAAACUGCACAACUUAAACGAAUUUCUACCUCUCUCCAGAUUGUGUGGGCAGAUAAAUGGAGGGAUUUGAAUCAUACAUGGCGUUGCAAGUUAAAGUUCAUGCAGCCUGAAGAGAACUGGAAGCAGAAGUGUCUGGAGAGUUUGUUCCACAUGGUUCUGUUGAGAAAGGCGGAAGUGCAGAACCUCCUUUCAAAUCUGAGUGAACAUGCAGUUCUGUCCAUGUCAGCCAAACACGUGCAGGUGCUGACGCUCACGCUCGCCGUGCGAGGAGGCUGCCGGCUGGCUUCACCGGACCACCGACCCAUUCUGUCCCUUCUGGAGAAGAGCGUGAGGUGUCUCAGGCUGUUUGAUGCAGAGGCUCUUCUCCAACAUGGAAAUGCAGAACUUUUAUUCGUUCUCCAUCGUCUUAUUGACCACGGCUCUGUGACUGAGGUGGUUCUGAAGAAAACUCCUGACUGCUCUCUGUUUAGCUGGAUUACUUUCAGAUGUAGAGGACCUUAUAGGACCAAUUCUCAGUCUUCAGCAACUACAGACUCCAGGGAAACCUCUCAUAAUGCAGAUCACUGGGCAGAGGAGGGACCAUCCGCACCCAAGUGUCCUCGUUUAGAUCUGUAUACUGAUGAGAAGUUAUGCAGCAUCCUUUCUCCGUUAUGUAGCUUUAAUGAGAGAUGGCAUGUGGAUCAGAUUCAUUCACUGGAUCUGGAAGUUCGUUCCUUGGCUACAGUAUCUCGACUGCUGCCGUCAUGGUUAAGCCUUAAGUCCCUUCAUCUUUACGGAACCCAGCCCCUUUGGGAGGAUGAAGUGGCUGGCUUUUUAGCGUCCCUAAGAAAGCUUUGUCUGAACCCGCAUUGUUCGCUGAGGGACCUGAGCAUGGGUAACGUCUCCAGCCAGAACCUCUUAGCUGACCUGCUGACCAUCAACCCGAGCCUGCACAGCCUUUCACUGGACAUCAACCCACCGCGGGACAACACAGUUAAACCAGGCCAGAGUUUACAAUUCAGGCAGGACACAGAACUCUCUCUGGAAAAACUCUCAUUGAAAUCAGCUAUAGUUCAUACAGUCAAGAACUUUCCAGCUGUGCUUCAACACGCACCAAAUCUCAGCAGCCUUUACGUCUCUGGAAUACAUCAUGCCCACCUGUUUCUUCACACUCUGUCAGAAUCAAAUCCUCUCUUAAAGGUACUAAUAUUGGAAGACAUAAGCUUGACGAACUGUCACCAAGAAAUUAUUCAUCUUAUAGAGAACUCCAACCUAGAAGAGUUAUCACUGAAAGACUGCAGACUACUGGAGAGAUGCACAGAGAAGAGGGAUUUUCUGGUGCCAUUUGUGGUGGCAGUCAGAGGGCUGAGUUCACUACACACUCUCUCACUGUCUCAGAAUCGACUGGCAAAAAGUGCCAUAGAGAUAGCAGAUCUGUUCUUAGGAGAAUGUCCCAGCAAAAUAACAAAACUGGACCUCAGUUCAAACUUCAUACUGCCUGCUGAUCUGCUGGAGUUCAGCCAGAGGGUGGAAAUGUAUCGUCCUACUCAGCGACUCACACUGGACCUGCGGUUUAACCCACUCGAUCGUGACCCUAAGGUGAAAAGUGAAGCCCUAAAAAAGCUCCUCCCCUUCUGUAACAUUCUGACUGAUGACUGGGACUCCAGGUCCACCAUGGCUGAUCAUGUCAGCGUGAUGUGAGGAAAGAUGCUCUAUCAUACAUCUUUUUAGGGGUGUGAAUCACAGGGCAUAUCACAAUACAUUAUUGUGAUUCUGUGAUACUCGAUAUAUCACAAGACGAUACUCUACAGUACUUCACAGCAUCUGUGUUUCUAAAGAGAAUUAAAUACUUCUAAAUAAGCAAAUACCAGGAUUUAGGGAUUUAUUGGUUUCAGUUUCACAGAAUUUGAUGUCCAAUAUUCUUAAGGGUUUUAGAUUGCCUACAUUUCAAUAAAAAUAUCCAUAUUUGAUGCCACAUAUUGAUACAAUAUAUUGAAAUAUUGAUAUAUUGUCUUACCCUUAUUCCUUAUGUACUGAGAUAUCCUGAAACUGAUUAUUUUCAUGUUUUCGUUCAUUUAAAAUGGGAUAUUUCAUUACAGAAAACUGAGGUUUUUAAAAACAUUCUUUAAGAUAGGAUAUUUUUUAUUGUUUAGAGUAUAUGGUUGGUCAACAUGGUAAAAUAUAACAACAGUUGAAGACUUUAUUCAUAUCAAAGUAAUAAGCUUUUCUGAACCUGUAUUCACCUAAAAGUACUUCUGUGUAACACUGAACACUCAUUGCUUCAUAUUAUAAAUCAUGAUUUAGUUACACACCUGCUCGUACUGUGGGUGGUUAUUUGACAGCUAGACUCCAUGAGUUAGUUAUGAUGGUCCCAGGUGCUGGGAUUAUUCUAUAACCCAUGCAUUUUAUAUGUUUUUGUAUAAUUGAAAAAAUUAGACUUUAUUAUGUUUGUGCAAUAAAACAUUUCUAAAAUGCUGUUGUACACCCUGUGAGCAAUUCAAUCUCUGUUUAAGUCAUUAAAAAUAUUUAUAAAAAUGAAA